AAAAAAGAGAUUAUCCAUUUCAAUCAUCACCACCACCCACCCCGGUUACUAAUCAACACUGCAUCAUUAAUGCCCUUAAAAAGAUUUGAUGGUAAGGAUGAAAGACCUGCAUUGCAUUUCAAUAAUUAUAAUUAAGAAGUGAACUCCAGACUGUGAGGAUCCUACUGCGGAGCCCUCUUUCUCUUCUUCUUCUCCAAUUUCUCUCUUUAUAGGUGCCUCUCUCUCUCUCUCUCUCUCUCUCUCACCUAUUAUUUAUCUCAACCUUUAUAUCUUCAACCCCGAACCAGAAAAACUGGACCUUUCGUUUGUUGGAGAAACUUGUAGUAAAUUUCUUGGAAACAUCAUAGUCAUUCACCCUUGCUUCAUGUAAUUACCAACCAAGCAAGCCUAGUGCUCUCAAGAUUCCCAACAAAAAAACUUUUUAUACUAAAACAAUGAGGAUCCAAUUGCUGAGCUCUCUGUUUCUCUUCUCCUUCGGUUCUUAUCUUUACAGGGUAUCAUCUCAACCUGAGCACGCUAGUUUCCCACCUCGAGGUUGGAACUCUUACGAUUCCUUUUGCUGGAUUAUAUCUGAAGAAGACUUCUUGCAAAGCGCCGGAAUCAUCUCUCAGCGUCUAAAGCCUUAUGGAUAUGAGUAUGCAGUGGUAGAUUACCUGUGGUAUAGGAAGAACGUUCCAGGUGCUUACCCAGAUUCUCUUGGAUUUGAUGUCAUUGAUGAAUGGGGGAGGAUGAUCCCUGAUCCAGAUAGGUGGCCCUCAUCCAAAGAUGGGAAAGGGUUCACUGAAGUAGCCAAGAAAGUACACAGCAUGGGUUUGAAGUUUGGGAUUCAUGUUAUGAGAGGAUUAAGUAGACAGGCAUAUGAUGCGAACACCCUCAUCUUGGAUACUACCACGGGAGGUGCUUAUGAAGAGUCUGGACGACAAUGGCGGGCAAAAGACAUAGGGAUCAAGGAAAGAGCUUGUGCAUGGAUGUCACAUGGUUUCAUGAGUGUAAAUACUAAGUUGGGAGCAGGAAGAGCAUUCUUGAGGUCACUUUAUGAACAAUAUGCUGAGUGGGGUGUUGAUUUUGUGAAACAUGAUUGUGUAUUUGGUGAUGACUUGGAUGUUGAUGAAAUAACGUUUGUGUCAGAGGUUCUGCAAAAGCUCAAUCGUCCCAUUCUGUAUUCUUUGUCUCCUGGAACUAGUGCGACACCAACCAUGGCGAAAGAUAUAAGUGGGUUAGUCAACAUGUACAGGGUAACAGGGGAUGAUUGGGAUACAUGGGGGGAUGUUGCAGCUCAUUUCGAUGUUUCAAGAGACUUUGCUGCUGCUAAUAAGAUUGGUGCCAAGGGCUUGCUGGGGAGAUCAUGGCCUGACUUAGAUAUGCUGCCCCUAGGAUGGCUUACAGAUCCAGGUUCUAACAGAGGACCAUACAGAAUGAGUAACCUUAAUCUGGAUGAGCAAAAAACUCAGAUGACUUUGUGGGCAAUGGCCAGAUCCCCUCUAAUGUUUGGAGGAGAUGUUAGAAAGCUUGAUGAGAUCACAUACAGUUUGAUCACCAAUCCCUUCAUUCUGGAAAUAAAUUCUUUUAGCACGAACAAUAUGGAGUUUCCUUAUGUUACUGGCACAAAGGGUUCUACACAUAAGACUACAGCUCACAGCCAAAGAUCGAGAAGAUGUUUGAAGGAAGUUGGCAAAUCACAUGCACAGUUUCUGGGUUUCACUAGCUGCAAUCAUCCCAAAGUUAACGGCUGGUCAAUUGAAGCUCUUGACCAAGAUCUUGACCAGAUAUGCUGGAAAGAGAACAUGGGAAGCCAUGAACCUUUAUGCUUAUACAAGCAAAAACCUCUUUUGUCUUCUGAUGAGAGGUUGAUUUACAAUCAAGGAGAGCUCCAUUUAUUAGCUAGUGAUGGAAUGGAGUUUUGUUUGGAUGCAUCUCCAAGAAAGAAGCGUACUUCAAAAGAAUUUAAGAGUGGUUCCUUCUCCCCUUGUAGAUCAGAUGCCAACCAGAUGUGGGAGUUGAGCAAUAAUGGAUCCCUUAUCAGCAGCUAUUCUGGUCUCUGUGCAACUGUGAAAUCAAUUGACGCUAAUGUUGGUAACAGCGGAGGAGUUCGCUCUUGGAUUGCCACUGGUAGAAAAGGAGAGAUUUAUGUUGCACUUUUCAAUCUGAACUCAGAGAAGACACUAAUAUCAGCAACGAUAUCAGACCUGACCAAGGCACUUCCUGGGAAAAACUUGAAUGCGACAUCAUGUUACGGCAGAGAAGUUUGGAGUGGAAAAGAUUUUGGAGAAAUAAAAGAUUCAAUAUCAAUGGAGGUAGAGAUCCAUGGCUGUGCAUUGUUUGUCCUCAACUGUCCCUAGUAUAAACUGACACACAGCAGAGUUUCUUUCCUUUCUCUGUUGUGUGGGUGGAAAGAAGAGGUAUAUGUUGUAUCAAAGGCAGUGAAUUCAUGUACGCUUUAAGUUGGUGCAGCCAAAAUGAUUCUGCUUCACCAGCUCCUAAAUGUCAUAUUGAUUUACUAA